AUGGUCCACUUCACUUCUCUCUUCAUUGCGGCACUCGCAGCUGCCCCAUCGCUUGCCCAUCCAGGCCAUGAUAUUGCAGCUGAAAUUGCAGAGCGAGCUGAAUACCGUAGCAGUAAAGAGUACCGUUCGCUCUCUCACUGUGCGGAUGCCAUCAAGGCUCGUGAUCAUAUGAUGAUCAAACGCCGCAUCGAGCAGGUUCAGCAUUUGCAAGCAAAGCGCGGACUUGAGCGCCGCAGCUUGACUGAUGUGCUGAACAAAGACCACAAGUCGACCAAGAACGUCACCCCAGACAGCUCCGCUGCUGAUAUCUUCGGAUCGAACAACUCAUGCAUCUUGCAGCCAGAGACCACCGAGGGUCCUUACUACGUCACUGGCGAGCUGGUUCGCAAGGACAUCACUGACGGUCAGAAGGGUGUUCCCUUGACUUUUGAUGUUCAGCUUAUCGACACUAACACGUGCAUGCCUGUAUCGAACGUAGCGCUCGAGGCGUGGUACUGCAAUUCCACUGGUGUCUACGGCGGUGUCAAUGCUGGUGGUAACGGCAACACUAAUGACAAGACCAACAUCGACAACCCCAUGCUCCGCGGCAUUCAGUUCAGUGACACUGACGGUGUCCUUCAAUUUGAUGGCAUCUUCCCUGUCCUCGCUCACCAGAAUGCCUCAAGCACCGUCAAGUCAUACGGCACCGUUCUAACCGGCGGCACCAUCUCGCACGUUGGCCAGCUCUUCUUCGAUCAGUCGCUCAUCACCAGCGUGGAGAAGACGGCUCCAUACAGUACUAACACGCAGAGUCUUACGACCAAUGCUAAGGACGGGAUCUUUGCUGGAGAGGCUGCGACGAGCGACCCUGUGCUCAAUUAUGUCCUCCUCGGCAGCACUGUUUCUGAUGGCAUCUUUGGUUGGGCCACUGUCGGCAUCAACACCAAGCUGAGCAAGACUGUCAAGGCUGCCGCGAACUACGACCCCACUGACUAG